GUUAUAAAUCCUCAUAUAUAUUCCCUUGAAUUAUAUAGCUGUAUAUAUAUAAAUACGACCACACCAAAGCGAAAGGAGGAGACAGAACAUAAGAAAAAGAGGGGAGGAGAGAGUGUCAUGGCCGUCGACAUGUCCAAUCCUCCCACCAAAGACUUUCUUUCUUCCCCAGCCCUCUCCCUCAGCCUCGCGGGGAUAUUCCGGGACGCGGCGUCCGGGAGCAAGAACGCGGAGGAAGAGGAGGAGAUUGAUUUCUACAGAGACGGAGGAGGAAGAAAUCAGACGGUUGAGAUCAGCAGCGAGAACUCCGUACCGACCAGAUCAAGAUCGGAGGACGAUUUCGAAGGUGAUGAUCACGAUGACGAUGACGACGAUCCUACCAAGAACAAGAAGAAGAAGCGCAAGAAGUAUCAUCGCCACACCGCCGACCAAAUCAGGCACAUGGAAGCACUAUUCAAAGAGACACCGCAUCCGGAUGAGAAGCAAAGACAGCAACUAAGCAAGCAAUUAGGUCUUGCUCCUCGCCAGGUCAAGUUCUGGUUCCAAAACCGUCGAACCCAGAUCAAGGCGAUACAAGAAAGGCACGAGAACUCACUGCUGAAAUCAGAACUGGAGAAACUGAGAGAUGAGAACAAAGCCAUGAGAGAGUCCAUUGCCAAGGCUUGCUGCCCUAACUGCGGCCUCCCCUCCUCCACUUCCACCGCCCCCGACGACCACCACCUCCGCCUCGAAUAUGCCAAACUCAAAGCCGAGGUGGAAAGGCUGAGAGCCAGCACGGGGAAGUACUCUCAGAAUCAACAGGCGUCUGCAUCGACCACGACAUCUUCCUCGGAUGAUCAUCAUGAGCAGAGAUUAGUAAGCUCUCUGGAUUUAUACACAGGAAUCUUUGGACUUGACAAGUCAAGAAUCUUGGAGAUGGCGAACCGGGCGACCGAUGAGCUCCAGAAGAUGGCCAAAGCGGGAGAGCCUCUCUGGAUCAGAAGCGUGGAGACAGGCCAUGAGAUUCUCAACUACGACGAAUACCUCAAGGAGUUUCCACUGCCUCAGCUCUCCUCCUCCUCCUCCUCCAAGAAAUCCAUCGAAGCUUCCAGAGAGGUUGGCAUCGUCUUCAUGGAUAUUCAGAAACUCCUCCACAGUUUCAUGGACGUGAACCAAUGGAAGGAGAUGUUUCCAUGCAUGAUCUCGAAGGCGGAAACAGUGGAUAUAGUUCGACAGGGGGAAGGCCCAAAUGGGAUCAACGGCGCCAUUCAGCUGAUGUUUGGGGAGAUACAGAUGCUGACGCCGGUGGUGGCAAGCAGGGAAGUGUACUUCGUGAGAGCGUGCAGGCAGCUGAGCCCCGACAAAUGGGCCAUCGUCGAUGUCUCCAUUGACAACGUCGAAGACAACAUCGACGCUUCUUUGGUCAAAUGCAGGAAACGUCCAUCUGGUUGCAUCAUAGAGGACAAAUCCAAUGGCCAUUGCAAGGUGACAUGGGUGGAGCACCUAGAAUGCCAGAAGAGCACUGUUCACACGCUGUACCGUUCCGUAGUCAACAGCGGUCUUGCCUUUGGCGCUCGCCAUUGGAUUGCCACACUUCAGCUCCAGUGCGAACGCCUAGUCUUCUUCAUGGCUACCAACGUCCCCACCAAAGACUCUAUCGGUAUCUAUACACACACACACAUACAUUAUAUAUAUAUAUAUUCUCGACACUGGCGGGGAGGAUUCUACCGAGCCAUUGGAGCAUCGAGCUACCAUCAAUGGAGCAGAAUCACGACCAAAACAGGAGAAGACAUUCGGGUUUCUUCAAGGAAGAAUCUAAACGACCCGGGCGAGCCCUUGGGAGUCAUCGUCUGUGCCGCUUCCUCUCUAUGGUUACCUGUUCCUCCCACCGUCCUCUUCGAUUUCUUGAGGGAUGAAACUCGAAGGCACGAGUGGGAUAUUCUGACAAACGGAGCUCAUGUUCAGUCAAUUGCAAGCUUAUCAAAAGGCCAAGACCGAGGCAACUCCGUCACUGUCCAUGCAGUGAAAACGAGAGAGAAGAGCAUGUGGGUGCUGCAAGACAGCUGCACAAACUCGUACGAGUCGGCAGUGAUAUACGCCCCCGUCGAUAUAAACGCGACCCAGGUAGCGAUGGGAGGACGCGAUCCGAGCGACAUCCAGAUCCUACCGUCCGGUUUCUCCAUCAUACCCGACGGCGAAGAGUCGCGGCCACUGGUCAUAAGGUCUUCGAGACAGGACGAGAAGAACAGCGAAGGAGGGUCACUCCUCACCGUCGCACUGCAGUCCCCUGUCGUCCACGCUUCCAUUUCCGCCAAACCCACGAGGGACUCUGUCGAAUCGGUCACGGCCAUUGUCUCCAUCAUUCUUCAGAACAUUAAGAGAUGCCUUCGUAUCGAAGAUAGUUGAGCUCUUCCGACUCAUUUGUCGCUUCUUUCUUGAUGAUAAUCUUGGCGUACGUUGUUUGUUAUUAUGGUGUCAAGGGUUGACGAAGUAUAUCCGUGUAUCAUAAUGUAUAGCUGUGCACUAAAGUUUGUAUAAAGAAGCCUUUUGGGGCUUCCUACUAAUCAAUUGAAUCUUUCUCUCUC